UCAUCGAGUUUAUUUCGAUUUCAAACCGCGUCGUUAUAGUUUUUGUUUAUUCAAGUAACCAAGGAGUUGUUGGCAAAAUAAAACAGAAGUAAGCGAACAUUUUCAAGUCACCGCAGUGUUUAAAAUAGGUAGUGUCUAAAAAUCGUUCGCGAAAAUGGAAUCGUUCAAAGGAAUAAUUAGCAUGAAAACUUUAAUGAGUACUCUGAAAGAACAACUGGAUUGUUCCGAAGAAGAAUUAGAUUUCAAAAACGUCCCCCGCAUCGAUUUGGAAUUCAAAGAAAUAGUAAAAAUCACUUGUUUAUGGCCUUUGACGAAUCUAACCCAUUUAAACUUAUCAAAUAAUUGCUUGAAACGUAUCGAAAAUUUGGACGAAUUAGUGAAUCUGAAAAAUUUAAAUUUAUCGUUCAACGAAAUCGUUAAAAUUGAAAACAUACACAAGUUGACUAAACUGGAAACUUUAUCGUUAUACUGGAAUUUCAUCGAAACGAUCGACAAUCUAGACAGUCUGAGUUAUUUGGAAAUAUUCAACAUCGGUAAGAAUAAAAUAAACGCCGAAGAUUUACAUAUUUAUUUUAGAAAAUUCGCCAAUUUACGCUCGUUGGCUGUUGAAGAAAAUCCAUGUUGCGAUAGGCCUACGACGGAAGAAUUAAUUAUCGCGUUUGUGCCUCAAUUAAUAUUCUUGAAUUACAAAAAAAUAACGUUACAACAGAAGUAUAUUUACUCCACUAAAUUCAAAUUGGAAUUAGCCAGAAUGAAGAAAUUUGAGAUGGCAGAACUUCAAGAACAAAAAAGACAGGAGAGAGAUUCGAAAAAACAUUCCUUCGAAGGAGUUAUCAGUGGAAGUGAAUUCUUCGAUAAAAUGUUUUCAAGUUAUGGAGUUUUAUUAAAAUUCACCGAAUUGGGUGAAGAUUUUUCCUACCUGAAUCACAAUUUGAAGAAAAAACUUGUAAAUGUGUUUCAAAAUUUACAAAUUCUAUUAGAAACAAAUUAUACGGAAACCAAACGAAUAUUGCAGCAAUAUAUCGACGAUGUCUUAGACCUGGAAAAUAAAAGCGUUAUAUUAAAAAGAAGCAUUAUUAAGAAUAGUAUCCCUCGAAUUAGAGCAAUGAAAGAAACUGCUGAUGGAAACAUGGAUUCUAACUCCAGUUCAAAUGUUUUAUUCAAAUUACGAAUAAAAUUACUGGCGGAAGAAUGCGAUAUGCAUAGUCGAUUUGAAAAAUACCUCGAAAAAUUAGAAAAUGACUUGGAUACUAGAACGACUGAAUCAAUUCACCAAAUUGAUGGUGUUUUUGAAAAUAUAUCAGUCGAAGAGGAUAAUUACGUUUCGUUGAUGUUCAAAAAUAUUAAAAAGAAAUCGAGAAAUGUAAUCAAGGAUAUUCUAAGUGAUCAAGAAACACUUCUAUUCGUUGAUGAGAAUUCUAUCGACACAUUUUCGAAUAAUUUUCAAGAUUACAAUACCAAACUUUUAAACGAAACACGAAUGCAAAUUGUAAAACAAGUUAAAAAUUGGAAAGUUCAUCCAGAAUUUACUCAGUUAGAAGAGAAGAAAAUUUUAAGACAUAGGAAAGCAGUGGCUGAGAUUAUCGAAUGUAUUAAAUUAUUUCAAAAUGAUGAACUUAUUACUGUUUAAUUCAUGUUUGAUCGGAUUCCUUCGUUCGUGAAUUUCAUUGAUUAUGCGUUUACAAAAUUUAGCCUCAUAAUUAUCAAGUACCUUACCUACUUACACGUUAAAUUUUUAUUUAUAAAUUCAAUUUAAUUUUUUU